CCCCUGCCAGGAGCGUGUGGUCUGGAGGUGCUUCUGCCUCGACUGAACCCCCAAACCCGCGCCUUCUGACUCCCCUGUGCUCCCGAGCCCCCGGAGGCACUCUUUGCCGUCCUAUUUCAGGUUCCCACCACCCCGAAGCGCGAUCUCCGCCCCAGACCCGAUCAGCACCCGAGAAGCGCGCCGCGCACGCGCGCCGAUUACCUCUGCGGAGACUCCGCCCUUCGCCCGCCUCGUCCUGCCCCUUCCGCUCUCUGGGGGCGGGACUAGGGCAGCUUCCGCCAGGAGCCGGGACCCAAGAGCAGAAACCUGGAGCCGGUGAUGGGGACGCUGUUCCUUCUCCUCGCGUGUUUAUCUCCUGUCCCCCAAUUUCGAUUUCCAAGCCCACCGGUGUCCUGAGAUCCCAUGCCAUCCCGACAUUCCAGCCCUAGCUGCAAGUUACUGCACAACCUGGACCCAGGAAGGGAACCCAUUUCCUGUUCCCGCCCCUGUUGUCCCGACAGGUAGAGGGCCGGGUGAGGUUCUCGUCGGGCACCCGGGCUUCGCCUGCCACACCCUCCCCGCCCGGGCCCCGGGGCCUUCCGCCGCCGCGCCCAUGGCCCAGAAGCCGAAGGUGGACCUUCACGUCGGGCGGCUGGGAUACCUGCAGGCGCUGGUCACGGAAUUCCAGGAGACGGAGAGCCAAGACGCUAAGGAGCAAGUCCUGGCCAACCUCGCCAACUUCGCCUACGACCCCGGCAACUACCAGUAUCUGCGGCAGCUGCAGGUCCUGGAUUUGUUCCUCGAUUCGCUGUCGGAGGAGAAUGAGACCCUGGUGGAAUUUGCCAUCGGUGGCCUCUGCAACCUGUGCCCAGACAGGGCCAAUAGGGAGCACAUCCUGCAGGCCGGGGGCGUCCCGCUCAUCGUCAACUGCCUGUCCAGCCCCAACGAGGAGACGGUGCUAUCUGCUGUCACCACACUCAUGUCCCUGUGCACGCCAGGCCCUGGCACCCAGCCCGAGUUGACCGCCAUGCCCGUGGUCCAGUGCAUGCUGCGCUUCUCUCUCUCGGCCAACACAAGGCUCCGGAACCUGGCCCAGAUUUUUCUGGAAGACUUCUGUUCCCCCAGCCUGGUGGCUGAAGCUCGCAGCUGGAAAGCUCACUCUGCCCUGGGUAUCCCACUGCCCAAGGACUGAGGCCCCAUAACAGCCCUGGUCCAAGGAGACCUCCAGGCCUUAUUACCCUUAGUGCGGGAGAUGGGACCAAAAUCCUGCCAGGGGCACAGGAUGUGAGGGGCACGGAUCCCCCUGAGCUUAUUCUCCAAAAGUGGUGCCUUUUCCGCCAUUUUAGAGGUGUUUUUUCAGCAUGACAGGCACUUUCACUGUGAUGAAAAGGCAUUAGGAGUGAGGAAGCCAGACUUUGAGACACAGGGCAAUACCCCACAGGCAGGCUCACCCCUCGUGGAAGAACCAGCCUGGGACCUUGACCCACUGUCUGUGGAAGGGGUUCUCAGAAGCAGGGACUGAAGGCUUUAGGAGAACUGAUUGCCCUUGAGGAAAAUGGGAAUUCUCCCUUAACAGGAGUGAGUGGAGAAAUUCUGGAGAGUAACAAUGAGAAGGCUCAUGAGUAAAGCAUCUCGGGGCCUUGGGCACUGGGAAGGUGUCCUGACCGCCCAGGGCUGUGGAGAGCCCAGUGCCCCACCUUAAGCUCCCCAGGCUGGGCAUGUGGGCCUGGGGGAGAGUGCAUCUCAGAGCAUGAGGAUGCUCAGGCAAGGCCAAUGCCAGGCCCUACGUGGUGUGGGUCUGAGGUCCACGGUGUGUGCACUGGUCAAUGCAGAGGAUGGAAAGUUGGGGUUCAGGAGCAUUGGGGGCUCCUGGCCUCCCUUUUCUAUUCCCUGAAGGUGGCCCCCUAGAUGGCCAAGUAAAGGCAGAAAUCAGAAUUUGUCCUGGAGAGGGAGAGGACUGCUAGCCAGGCAGGCGUGGAGGUGGGACAGAUUCAGGGUCAGGGGACCAAGGGGAGACAGGAAGGGAAGGCCGCCUCGUCAGCACCCCUCCUCCAGCUGCCUCCUUAUGUUCUCAAAUAAAGGAGCCUAAAAGAC